AUGCCGAGUUUUGUGGAAAUGGGUGAAACACCUGCAUUCAAUCAUAUACCAGCUUGGUUGCCGGCCUUUCCUGAUCCUCACACGUAUAUACACACACCCGUAUGGAAUGAGAGGGUUACAGAUCCUCGGGCUGACAAAGUUGAACUAGCAAGGCAGCGGAGGAAGGCCGAGAGGUCUUUGUUGAGUUUGCAGCAGCGGUUGGUUUGUGAUGGUUCAGCAGUAGCUUCAACAUCAACAGAACCAGUUGAUGGCAGGCAUGGAUUAGAAUUUGAUGUAAAUGAUAGUCCAUUUCUUUCGGAGCAUGCCCAAGCACGACAGAAAGAUGUUUCACCUGUUGUUUUGCCAGCUAAGUUUUCGGACAACGGCAAUAUGGGAAACCACAUUCCUCUGUUGGAAACCUUUGCGCCUGCCAUCGAAGCAUUGAAAGGCAAUAUUCAUGAGUCUGGAGAUGGCGACAACAUUCUUCCAGACAAAAGACCGGCUGUUUUUUUGGAGUUCAAAGCUGGGAAAAAAAUCUUAGGUGAACCGUUGGAUUUGAGCCUCCUGAAAACAGGUCUUGGGAAGACAGCAACUGUGCUUGGGCGGGACGAUGAGAAAGAUGACAGGAAGAGAAGAGCUGAGUAUAUUCUUCGACAAUCCAUGGAAAACCCACAGGAGCUCACUCAGUUGUAA